CUAUGGAAUGUAAAUAAAUUCAAUUCUAAUGAGUAAUCCGUGAUCAGGACUGACUUCGUGUAAUAUCAUGAAGGCCAAAAUUGUCAUGUGUUAAAAUAUGGCGCUUUUAUUGUCUGUUUAAAUAUCAUUAUAUAUAUUAGUUUCUUGGAGAGUAAUGUAACUAGCAUCAUGGAUGAUGAAUUUGAUGAUAAAGGUUGGGAUGGAGACAUUUGUGAUGGAGAAUCUGAAGGAGGGGAAGAACCAGUGGAGCACCCACAGGAAGUCUUAAGAGAAUGCCUGGAGAAGUUCAGCACACCGGACUACAUCAUGGAACCAGGCAUCUUCACACAGCUGAAGAGGUACUUCCAAGCAGGUGGAAAUCCUGAGCAAGUUAUUGAACUUUUGUCUCACAACUACAGUGCUGUGGCACAGAUGGCAAAUCUCCUUGCUGAGUGGCUUAUUCUUGGAGGAGUAAAGGUGACUGAUGUUCAAGCAAUGGUUGAAAACCACCUCAAGGAUCUGAUUCUCAAGACAUUUGAUCCAAAGAAAGCAGAUACAAUUUUCACAGAAGAGGGUGAAACUCCUGCCUGGUUAACAGAGAUGAUAGAACAUCCCACGUGGCGCUCUCUCAUCUAUCGACUGGCUGAAGAGUACCCUGACUGCCUUAUGCUAAACUUUACUAUCAAGCUGAUAUCUGAUGCAGGAUUCCAGGGAGAGAUUACCAGCAUCUCAACAGCUGCCCAACAGAUUGAAGUCUUUUCUCGUGUUCUCAAAACUACCAUCUCAAGCUUCCUCCAAAGUUCAGAAGACUGGCAAAACAGUAUUUUGGAGUGUGCAAAAAUGGUGUGCCAUGGACAGCACACAUAUGUGUACAGUCAGGUAUUACUGCAGGUCCUGUCCCAAGAACCAAAGGGUGGCUCAAACAUGAAGCGGCUGUCACAGGAGAUUACCCGCUGUGCCCAGCAAAACCAGCAUGAUGUGACUCCCAUCACAAUGGCACUAAAUGGUGCUGCAAGGUUUCCACAAGCAUGUCAGGCCCUCCUGUCCAUGCUGUCACGCAAUGCUCUGAACCCGGCAGACAUCACGGUGUUAUUUCGAAACUAUUCUGCCAUGGAUCCACCUCCUAUUGACUUGAUCCGAACUCCUCAGUUCCUGGAGCUGCUGGUAGACUCUCUGUUUAAACCAGGUGUAAAACUGAAUCCAGAGCACAAACCGAAGUAUAUCUAUCUACUGGCUUAUGCUGCCAGUGUGUGUGAAGUUGCAUCUGGCAAGAAGGGACAGUCAGUACGCAAGACACUCAAUAAGGAUGAGUUGAAGGCCACAGUCCAGGCCAUUGAGAAGGUUCAUAGCAUUUGAACAGAACUCAUAGCUGAGCUGAGCACACUGUAUCAAUGCAUCAGAUUUCCUGUAGUAUCAGUUGGUGUGGUGCGUUGGGUGGAAAGUACAGUCACAGAGCCAAGCUAUUUCAAACUCUGUACAGAACACACUCCAAUUCACUUGGCUCUUCUUGAUGAGGUCGUCACAUGUCACCUCCUGCUUCAUCCAAAAGUCCUGCAGCUGUUAAUUCAGCUGUUUGAAUCAAAACAGGAUGAACUGGAGAUUCUGGUACAGUUGGAGAUGAGAAAAAUGCUGCUGGACCGCAUGGUGAAUUUGUUGAGUCGAGGCUGUGUAGUGCCAGUGGUGAAGUACAUAAAGCAGUGUUGGUUACGUGGCGACACUGACAUAUCCCUCAUACGCUACUUUGUCACAGAGGUGCUAGAAGCGAUUGCACCACCAUAUACACCUGAAUUUGUGCAGCUUUUCUUACCUAUGGUUGAAAAUGAAGAAAUCACUGGCACAAUGAGAGGAGAUGGAGAGAAUGAUCUUGUCUCAGAGUUCAUUGUUCACUGCAAGGCACACUACACGAUCCUGUAAAUCAAGACUUCUCAUCAUAUUUCCAAUUUCCAGCUUCAGGGUCAUUUGAUAUUGAGCAAGCUUAAGAUUUUUGAUACAUAUUUGGCUUCCAAGCUGAUCAUUCCUCUUAAUUUUAUGUAGUAAACUCAGCGAGUUGCUAGUUCUGUUUGCAUAGCACACACUUGCACGUGGGCAUUUUUCUGAAAUUUUUGUAUGAAAAUGUCAUGUUUAUGUCAUAUCUGAGGCUUUGUUUUUGGAUAGUAAAACAUGUUAUGCAUAUCAAAAAACAUGAGACGCCACAAUGAGGGUGAUGAAAUCUGGACGUUGGUAA